AUGGAAAUCAGAUCUAAUAACCGACGGUUAAGUGAAUCCAAACACAUAAGAAGAAAAGUUGUUUUUGUCGAUCCUGACGAUCCUGAUGCUCCUCACUGGUGGCCGGCUUUAGUUGUUCCGCGAAAAGAAAUCGAAAUAUUUAAACAAAAAAUGGACAAUGACGUUCAAUAUCCGGGUGAUGGAGAAAGCCUGGUUUGUUAUUUCGAAGACGGCUCCUUUUCCAUAGUACCCGAAAAAGAUCAAAAACCAUUUGACCCAAAAAUUGAACCAUACACAACAUAUAUGGAAGGUCCAAAUUCUGAAGCUUUUCAAAAAGACAAAGCUGUUACUUUGGCAACGCUUUAUUUUGAAAAGGGUUUGGUACCUCCCGUAUUUAAAUGGAUUCGCAACGAGGAUACCUCCGGUGGUAAUGUAAACACGGGUACUUCCGGUGCUAAUGGGAAUAAUUUGUCUGAUGGUCCUAAUACUGGGGACGAAGAUUGUACUACUACUAUUACGAAAAGACAUGUACGAAAAGAAAGUACUAAUAAUGUCCUAGACCAAAUAAAUAUCAAUAAGAAGGAUGGGCCGAGUAAUGCAAAAAGGGAAAACAGCAAUGGUAGUCAACGAAAAGAUAUCAUCACUGGACCAAACAAAAGAAAUUUUGGACCUACUACUUUAUUUUCUAUUACACGUACCACAAAAACAAAUCCUCAAAGUUCAUCAAAUUUUACAAAACAAUGUCUAAAUACACCUACAAUCUCAUCAUUUAUACCAACAACACAGAUCCAAAGUUCCACAUCUUCAAUCGUUAUCACAAACAAUAACAAAUCUUCCAUCAACAUCAAUUCAAAUUCAACUAUAUCGGCGAACAAUUCUGCAUUAAUUACAUCUACUGAUAAACCGCAUAAGUCACUGAUGACCGAACGCGUAGUAGCCUCCUCACGGACAAAACAGUGUUUUCAAUGUGGUGAAAAAACUACCAAUCGUACCAAUAAUAACAAUAAUUCUGAUCAAUCACAAUCUAGUAGUAAAUUAUUAUGUGGUGACUGUGGCGAUUUGCUAAAUUCAUUUUUAUAUCCUUCCAAGAAUAUACUUUUUCAAAAUUUUAGCGUGGACAAAAACGCUAUAACUAGUAACAGAAUUAAUAUGGAAUAUAACGUCCAAAGGAGUAUCAAGAGUGGAAACAAAGAUAAUGAAACCCUACAAAUGGCAAUAUUUGAAAAUGAAUAUUAUUGGAAUCAUUAUUUAGAAAAAAAACGAAAGUCACCUGCUAGAUUAUGGGGAAACAUAAAUAAUCCAGAGGGUAGAGUUGAAGUACUAGAUGGACUUAUACCAUUAAAUAAGCGGGCUAGAUGGCUGAAUCGAUCGAAUG